CACGUGACCGAUGUUUGAGUGACGGUAAAAUGGCCGCGUCGUAGAGGAGCUGUCACCCGGACAAUAAAAGAAAACCUAACAACACACUGUGAAGAGCGGUUGUUUAUCGAUGUGUUUGGGCCACUGAGCAGCUUGGAGCUGCAUAAAAGAGUAUCCGGUUAAAGAUCUGUUACCCUGGAAAAAAUAGGCAAUCGGGUGCGGUCAAAAGGCUGCAUUUGUGAGAGGUUGUAUCACAAAUGGCCACUGUCACAGCUCAGAGCUUAUUAACCUAUAUUGAAGAAGAGAACGUCAGUGCUUUCAAGGCAUUGCUGGAGAAGUACAAGGAUGUGGAUGAAAGAAAUGAGAUUGGGCAAACUCCAUUAAUGCUGGCAGCAGAGCAAGGAAAUUUGGAGAUAGUACAGGAAUUGCUCAAGAAAGGAGCCAACUGUAACCUGGAAGAUGUUGAUAACUGGACAGCUCUUAUUUCAGCUGCAAAAGGAGGUCAUCUAGAAAUUGUAAGCGAACUUAUUAAUUUCAGUGCUAACCUGGAGCACAGAGAUAUGGGUGGUUGGACUUCCCUUAUGUGGGCAGCGUACAAAGGUCAUACGGAAAUUUCACGACUAUUACUUGAGAAAGGUGCAAACCCAAAUAUUACUGGACAGUAUAGUGUUUACCCUAUCAUAUGGGCAGCUGGACGAGGACAUCAUGAAAUUGUUAAACUUCUACUACAGCAUGGUGCCAAAGUCAACUGUUCUGACAAGUAUGGAACAACUCCAUUAAUCUGGGCUGCACGAAAGGGUCAUCUCGAGUGUGUGAAAUACUUAUUGGAAAUGGGUGCGGAUGUUGAUCAAGAAGGCGCAAACUCCAUGACAGCUUUAAUAGUGGCUGUUAAAGGCGGCUACACUGAAGAAGUGAAAGAAUUGCUAAAGCGCAAUCCAAAUGUCAAUUUGACUGAUAAAGAUGGAAAUACAGCUUUGAUGAUUGCUGCAAAGGAAGGUCACAUUGAGACUGUUCAGGAUCUGUUAGAUGCUGGUACUUAUGUCAACAUCCCUGACAGGAGUGGUGAUACCGUACUAAUUGGUGCUGUUAAAGGGGGCCAUGUAGAGAUCGUGAGGGCUCUACUGCAGAAAUAUGCUGACAUAGAUAUAAAAGGGACGGAUAAUAAAACAGCUCUGUACUGGGCUGUAGAGAAAGGAAAUGCAACCAUAGUAAGAGAUAUUCUUCAGUGCAAUCCGGACACAGAAAUCUGCAUUAAGGAUGGUGAGACGCCACUCAUUAAAGCAACUAAAAUGCGAAAUAUUGAGAUAGUUGAACUUUUAUUGGACAAGGGUGCUAAAGUGUCUGCAGUAGAUAAGAAAGGGGACACUCCACUUCAUAUAGCAAUCCGUGGACGAAGCAGGAAAUUGGCUGAAUUGCUCUUGAGAAAUCCUAAAGAUGGACGUCUUCUAUAUCGACCUAACAAGGCAGGCGAAACACCAUACAACAUAGAUUGCAGCCAUCAGAAAAGCAUUUUGACCCAGAUAUUUGGAGCAAGACAUCUCUCACCUUCUGAGACGGAUGGGGAUAUGCUUGGUUAUGACCUAUAUAGCAGUGCACUGGCUGACAUCCUAAGUGAACCAACUAUGCAGCCACCUAUUUGUGUUGGACUUUAUGCACAAUGGGGAAGUGGAAAAUCAUUUCUUCUGAAAAAGCUUGAAGAUGAAAUGAAGACUUUUGCUGGGCAGCAAGUGGAACCACUUUUCCAGUUCUCUUGGCUGGUGGUAUUCAUUACUCUCCUGAUCUCUGUGGGAACAGGUGUAUUGCUUGGCUUUGUAGUUGAUCUGAAGCUUGGUGUAGCAGUUGGAUUGAGUCUGCUGGCACUUAUUUACAUCUUCUUUGCAAUUAUUUACUUUGGUGGUCGGCAAGAAGGAGAAAAUUGGAAUUGGGCCUGGGUAUUGAGUACUAAGCUUGCACGGCAAAUUAGCUAUUUGGAACUGCUGCUUAAACUGAUGUUUGUGAACCCACCAGAACUACCAGAGCAAACCUCCAGAGCGUUGCCUGUCAGAUUUAUGUUUACAGAUUACAACAGAUUGUCUAGUGUUGGUGGGGAAACGUCUAUGGCUGAGAUGAUUGCAACUCUUUCUGAUGCUUGUGAAAAAGAAUUUGGUUUUCUGGCAACAAGACUUUUCAGAGUCUUCAAGACUGAAAAUACACAAGGAAAGAAGGGAGUGAAGAAAUGGAAAAAGACCUGCUGUAUCCCAUCAUUUGCCAUCUUUAUUUUUAUUUUGGGUUGUUUUGUUGCUGGCGUCUUGCUUCUGGCAGUCUUCAAAGCAGAUGAGGAACAGCUGACAGUUAAUGCUAUUCUGAUAUCUAUUGCUUGCAUCAUUGGUUUAGCAGUAGUUUUGAACUGCCAUACAUGGUGGCAAGUGCUAGAUUCUGUCCUUCACUCUCAAAGAAAGCGAGUUUUACAUGCAGCUUCAAAACUUCACAAGCUAAAGCCUGAAGGUUUUAUGAAAGUUCUGAAAAACGAAGUGGAACUCAUGGCCCGGAUGGCCAAAUCAAUUGAUGGCUUUACUCAGAAUCAAACGCGACUUGUGGUUGUUAUUGAUGGCUUGGAUGCAUGUGAGCAAGAUAAAGUCCUGCAGAUGUUAGAUACGGUGAGAGUUCUAUUUUCAAAAGGUCCCUUCAUCGCUAUUUUUGCUAGUGAUCCUCAUAUCAUCAUAAAAGCUAUCAAUCAAAAUCUGAACAGUGUUUUAAGAGACUCUAAUAUAAAUGGACAUGACUAUAUGCGGAAUAUAGUCCAUCUGCCUGUGUAUCUUAACAGCCGUGGGCUUAGUGCAAAGAAAGUUUAUGCUGCAGCGCCAUCUAAUGGAGAUGUUGGAAACUCAGAUUAUACUAGCUGGCAUGAAGAUAAUGAUCGAAAACUUUCACAACACAGCUUGGGAGAAUUGACUAAACUUGGCAGUAAAACAGCACUGAAUCGAAGAGAUACCUAUCGUCGUCGACAGAUGCAGCGUCAAGUUACAAGGCAAAUGUCUUUUGAUCUUACAAAGCUUUUGGUUACAGAAGACUGGUUCAGUGACAUUAGUCCUCAGACUAUGAGGCGAUUGCUCAACAUUGUUUCAGUAACAGGACGUCUACUGAGGGCAAACCAAAUUAGUUUCAACUGGGAUCGGCUUGCCUCUUGGAUAAACCUCACUGAACAAUGGCCGUACAGGACAUCUUGGCUUAUUCUAUACCUGGAAGAGACUGACAAUGUUCCAGAUCAUCUCACCUUGAAAAACAUUUAUGAAAGGAUUUCCAAAAACAUACCAACUACCAAAGAUGUGGAACCACUUCUAGAAAUUGAUAGUGAUAUUCGUAGCUUUGAAAUAUUCCUCUCUUCGAGAAUGCCUAUUCUUUCAGCACGAGAUGUGAAGACAUUUCUACCAUGCACAGUGAAUUUGGAUCCUAAGCUGCGUGAAAUUAUUGCAGAUAUCCGAGCAGCCAGGGACCAGAUGUCCACAGUGAAUAUUCCUUUUCCUUCACUACCUUUGCAAGAAGCUCCACCUCGGACUGUGUUUAGUCAGGCACCAUCAGUCUGCUCUUCCACCUCAUUCAAUGGUAAUGUAAUGUCACCACAGCAUCCUAGCAACUUCUAUAGCGGCAUGGUUGGCCAACAGCAUCCAUUUUAUAACCGGCCAUAUUUUGCCCCUCAUAUUUGUUAUCUGCCAAGGCAAUGUUUUGGCAGUUUGCAGUAUCCCAUCUCACGUUCAUCAACCAAAUCCAGUUUCUCAAGGGAACAGAACAGUAAUCUAGUGGCAAAUUCUAUUGUAGCAGCUUGUUCUACCGCUCCACUCAGUUCAAUGAAUGUGGAUGCUAUUUGUGAAAAACUUCGACAACUGGAAGGAAUUGACCAAGCCAUGCUCCUUCAGUACAUUUGCACUAUCAAAAAGGCAAACAUUAAUGGAAGAGUAUUAGUUCAGUGCAAUCUGGAUGAAUUGAAGAAAGAAUUAAGCAUGAAUUUUGGUGAUUGGCAGCUUUUUAGAAAUAUGGUGUUUGAGAUGCGACAUUUGGAUACACAGGUACUUCAGGAGGAAAUGAGAGCUGCUGGUGAAAAUGUUCCAGCGCAACCUGAUCGCUCCAAUCUUCAUGCAACCAACAAUGAUUUUGCAGGAAACACUGAAGUUCCUGGCCAUUCACCACAGGAAACCUUCAGCUUAAGUUUCAGCUUUGAGGAAUUGAGAGCUGUUGAUAUUGAAGAACCAGUAAGACACUCCAAUUCUGGUUGGCAGCCUCAAAGGACGCCAAGUGUUUCAAGUAUCAACUCUCUGGAAUCUAAUGGCCUCUCCAGGCUCACAGAUAAGCAGCAGGCUGAGUACAGAGAUGCCUACAAAGAAUAUAUUGCACAGAUGGCACAGCUAGAUGGUCCAUCCUGCUCCACAGCUGCCAUUACUGAAGAAUCUCAUCUCUCUACUUCGCAUAGUGCUGGUCAGUUUUUUAUGGGGCAAAGCAUAACAACCUUUCAGUCUAGUUCAGAACAAGAUGGUGAACAGAAAGAAAACAAUGACAAAAAAUCCUUUACAGGAAAAAGAGAAACAGUUUUACGUGCAGGUAAGUCUUCUACAGAUGAUCAUUGUGAUUAUCCGUCUUCCACUGUUUCUACAGCUGAUCCAUCUCUGUUGGAUCCCAUUACUGAAGAAGAUGAAAGGCCAGAUGCCUCAACAAUUAAGCUGCUGUCUAGAAAGGAAUCUUCAGACAAAGUGAUGAUCUUCCAAGGAACCGAUUUAACAAUUAAGGGCUUGCAGUAUCGGAAACUACCCAGUGAAGAGGAUGAAUCAGGCCAAGAAGCAGAUUACACGCCACUUCUUAAAGAUGGAACAACAAAGGUGAAGAAUGAAAAACAAACUAAUUCUACUGAUCAUGCAAAUGCUGCUAUUAAAUCCCUGAUCAAGUCAAAGGAAUAUCUGUCUGAUGCUAUGCUUGACAAAAAGGAUUCAUCAGACUCUGGGGUUAGAUCCAGUGAGAGUUCACCAAACCACUCACUCCAUGAUGAAACAGAAGACAGCCAGUUGGAGAAAACAAAUUUGAUUGAAUUGGAGGAUGAUCCAUCCAAAGAUAAGCGAGGUAUUCCAAACAGUCUAAGUGGCCUACAAGACCCAAGUGUUGCUCGUAUGUCUAUCUGUUCUGAGGAUAAGAAGAGCCCCAGUGGUUCAACCUCUGAAUGCAGUCUGUUAGCCAGCAGUCCCGAGGAAAACUGGCCUGUAUCUCACAAAGCAUAUAAUGUAACCAACCUGAACAGAACAGCAAGCACAGAGACCCUGAAUAACAACAGUAAUGCUUCUAGGUUGCAGAAUGCAGAUGAAAAUGAGACAAAAGAAUAUUUGGAAACAGCCGGUGACCUUGAGCACUUGGGAAAAAAUGCAUCUCAAGUUGUCCAUCCUACACCAGGCUCUGCAAUGAAUAAAGCACCAGUCCAGAAUGAUAUGUAUUCAGCUUCAUUCAAGAAUGACAACCUGCGAGGGCUAGGUAUGAAGCGGUGCCUUGCUUCCAAAGUUCCUUCAAAUUUUAUUAAGCACACAAAGAGUAGCACCUCAACUGAGCUACAUGUAGUUGGUCCCAGUGAUUCCUACGGAGAAGAACGGGAGAGCAUCCUGUAAAAGAAACGGUGAUCUGUCAAAACCCCAAGUUCUAUAAAUGGAAAUCAUUUGUUGCAUUGUCAAGUAUUCCAUGUUUGGCUUUUAUUUUUCAUAAUGCACUUUUCUUAGUUUGUUUUGGAACAUACCUCAAAUCAAGUACUAGAUUAAUUCUAACAAGGAAGUAUUAUGUGUAGUGGUAAUAUAUUGAAUAAUACUGUUUAUUGUUUUGUGUGUGUAUAAAUAUUGUUGUGAUUCAGAGUUAAACUAUUCUUGUGAAUGUAAAGCUGGUAUGUCUCAAUGUCAUUUCAAAGUGUACAAUGCGAUCAGUAUUUAUUGCCAUGUGUAUUCUUCAAAUAUAUGUGGAAAUUUACUGCUGUAACUUGUGCUUGUGUUUGUAUGAAUCCUCUUGAUUUUAGAUGUGCGUAUGUCACCGUUGAGCAGUAUCUGGUUUGUAUCUUUUGAUAGUGGAGGCUUUUGUAUUUUCAAUAAAGAUGGUAAUAUUAAUAUUUAAUGGUUUAGUGUCAAAGUUCCCUAUUGAAUUGCUAUUGUGUGAUCUUAUAGAAGCGUUUGUCUUUUGUGUACAUGUUGAAAUAAACAGUUGUGGUGGUAAUAUUUUGUCUAGUUUAUUUUGGCUGUCCAAUAAAUGAACUAUGAAU